UAGUUAUACAUGUACCGUGUUCAACGAAUCAGCUAUUUCCAAGUUUCCUAGUCCGACUACUAUUUGAACACGGCAUUACUCGCGUUAAAAAAAAAGUUGGAUGGAAACGUUGGUGUCAUCCAAAAAUUGGUUAUUAGUGGGUUGAUUGUAGUCUAAUCGGGUGGACUAUUUCUGGUUUGGAUAUUUUGCUUAUCGUAAUGGACACGCGUUCCAUGUCAGAACUUCCAACUCAGCUCAAGCAGAGGAAAUGGCCCUUAGACGUCACUACUUCUUGGUCGUUACCUGAUCCUAUUGGUGUACCGCAGUACUGCCCUAAUGCUAUUGGCCGAGAGGAGAACCUCAGGAAAGCUUAGCAAAAUCGAGCAGGGUAACAGCGCAACAGAAGACAGCAAGGAGCGGCGAGGGGAUGACUGAAUGAAAAUUCGCCUAGCUACAUCGACUGUAGUUUUAGGAAAGUGCCACCCUCCCUUAAAUAUUUGCUAUUGUAUAAUCAACAAACGUUAUAUUUAAAACAUAUCUUGCUAGUAAAAUCCUAAAAUAGCGAGGAUGUUGGUCCCCGCGGGAAGAUAAUGAAGCGGUUGCGCGUUUUGUUCGUGUGCCUCAUUGUAGCUGUCCUUUGCUGGUACCCCAGAAGUCAUGUGUGUUGUUCAGAGCACAACUCGUCAGGUCCAGGUGUGUCUAGUGGAGACAGCAGCCCCCCAGAGCAUCUUCACGACCAUGAGCAUGCGCAGUACCACAGGACGGACCUCAAGAUGGAGUCCCCGAGGACACACGCACACUCCUCCUACGACGUGGGACUGGAGACAGAGAGGGCUGCACUAGAGGAGCCCAACACACACAACACUGAACAGACUGUGAAUCAGGAGGAGCCUGUAGUGGUAGAGGUCUGGUCAGCCCCAGAACCACACGCUGAUCCUGAACCCCCCGCUGCUGCUGCUGAGCCAAGCACACAAAUGACACAGCCUCACACACACACCCACCCAGAGCCCGAUACACAACUCCCUCCCCUCCAGGACCAGGCAACUCCACCCUCCUCCACCCCAUCGCCCAGCGAUGACCUAGCCCAGGACCAAGCCUCCACAGACCCCCCAGCCCCGGCCGAGACCCGCAGUGAUGCCCUGGCAGAACCCAGCCCAGCCCCGGCCACAGAAGACCCACAACACACACCUACCUCUACCUCUCACACCCCUGCUCCAGCCCCAGCCAGUGGUGAUGCUGACCUAGUGGAGAGCCAGUCAGAGCAGGAUCAAAUUCAGGCUGGUUCUGAUUCUGAUGUCCAAGCAUCUGUCAGCCCAGAGGACCCAGACCAGGACCAAGGUCUACCAGAGCUGGACCUGGGGGGAAACACCUCCCACAGGCACCAAGACACCGACCAAGACCAGCAGGCAGUGGAUCAGGUGGAUGCCAGUGAUGCCAGCGCUAUUGAGACGGACCCCUCAGUGCCCAGUAAGGAGGACAUCCCAACCUUCGACGAGUGGAAGAAACAAGUCAUGGAGGUGGAGAAAGAGAAGACUCUGUCCCUCCAUACCUCUUCAAGUGGAAGCCCCCCUGUGAAGAAGGUACAGAAGAACUUUAAAAACAACUAUGCUUCUGUGGAGUGUGGCGCUAAGAUACUGUCAGCUAACACAGAGGCCAAGAGUACAUCUGCUAUCCUCAUGGAGAAUAUGGACCUGUACAUGCUGAACCCCUGCAGCAUCAAGAUCUGGUUUGUGAUAGAGCUGUGUGAGCCCAUCCAGGUGAAACAGUUGGACAUCGCUAACUUUGAACUCUUCUCCUCCACACCUAAAGACUUCCUGGUCUCCAUCAGCGACAGGUAUCCCACCAACAAGUGGUUGAAGUUGGGAACGUUCCACGCCCGUGACGAGCGCACCGUCCAGAGCUUCCCAUUGGAUGAACAGCUCUACGCCAAAUACAUCAAGAUGUUCAUCAAGUACAUAAAGGUGGAGCUCAUCUCCCACUUUGGAUCAGAACACUUCUGUCCCCUCAGCCUCAUCAGGGUGUUUGGUACCAGUAUGGUGGAGGAAUAUGAAGAGAUUGCAGAUUCUCAGUACCCCUCAGAGAGGCUGGAGUACCUUGAUGAGGAUUAUGACUACCCUCCUGGGUACCUCCACUCUGAGGACAAGGGGUCCAAAAAUCUGCUGGGCUCUGCCACAAAUGCCAUUCUCAACAUGGUAAACAACAUAGCAGCCAAUGUUCUGGGAGGCAAGCCUGAGGGAGGAGCAGAGAUAGAAGCCAACGCAUCAUCAGAAGCCCAGAACGAGACUGAGGGAAACAAAGAUGUGCAGCUCACCCCAACUCCAACCCCCACCACUCCUCCUCCAGCUGUGGAGACAGUGGAGCCAGACGACCCUGGUCCCCAGGAGGACCCUGACUCCCCCCUGCUUCCCCCCUCCCCGGAGAAUGGACAGAUCGUGACUCUGAUGGAGGAGGAGCCCCCACAGUCCACUGUGACUCUGAUGGAGGAAGAGGGGGAUGAUGAUGAGGAACAGUGGGAGAGGGAGAGCCAGCUGUACUGUCCACUCUCUUCUGUCUCUUCUCUUUCUUGUGUGGCCACACUGCCAGAGUUGCUACAGCGCUGGUGUGACGCUCACCUCACCAGAGAGAGGCAGCAAGACACACACACCCCUAUACAGGUCCCUGUCCCUACCCCCCCACACACACAGGAAGCCCCAACACACACAGAGACGAUUCCUGAGCCUGAGACUGCCCCCCAAGCCCAAAAUGAGGGGCUACCCCCUUUAGACUCUCAAAAUCAUACCCUUCACAGCGACACACCCCCGUGGACCCUAUCAUUUUGCUGGAGCCUAGCCGGACCUUUACCCUGCCCCCCACAGCUUCUCUCAAACCUCCCUCUGCAAACCCACCCCUACCCAGGACCUCCCCCUCCCACUGACCUCCCUGUCCCCCCUCAGCCUGACACAAACACAGAGCCACACACACCCAGGGCUGGGGCAGAGAGUGGAGACAUCCAGGGUCAGGGGGAGCAGGGAGAUGCCUCUGCCCAGCCAGCAGAACACCUGCAUGGGGAAGAAUCCGUGGAAGACCUACUGCUUAGCGUCCCGGUGACCGCUAACGGACAUUUACACCGGACGGCUACAGACUUCUACGCUGAGCUGCAGAGCACAGGGGAGUACAUUGGAGGGAAUGGAGGGGUGAACGGAGGAGUGAACGUGUAUGGCUCCAGUCAGAAGGAGAGUGUGUUCAUGAGGUUGAACAACAGGAUCAAAGCCCUGGAGAUGAACAUGUCCCUCAGCAGCAGAUACCUGGAGGAACUCAGCCAGAGGUAUCGUAAGCAGAUGGAGGAGAUGCAGAGAGCAUUCAACAAGACCAUAGUCAAACUGGAGAACACCUCCCGCAUCGCUGAAGAACAGGACCAGCGGCAGACAGAGUCUAUCCAGAUGUUACAGGGCCAGCUGGAGAAUGUCACCAAGCUGAUGAUCAACCUCACCAUGACUGUCUCACAGCUACAGAGAGAGGUGUCUGACCGACAGAGUUACCUGGUGGUGUCUCUAGUCCUGUGUCUCUGUCUGGGCCUGGUGCUCUGCCUGCAGUGCUGCUGGAGUGCCAACACACACACCGUCACACACACUGCAGGCAACCACUACCCCAGCCCCAAGAGGUGUUUCUCCUCCUAUGAUGAUUUGAGUCUGAAGCGGAGGGUAUCGUGUCCUCUCCUACGCUCCAAGUCCUUCACCUUUCCUACUUCAGAAGUAGGCCCUGACGACCUUUACAUUGUUGAACCUUUAAGGUUCUCACCAGAGAAAAAGAAGAAACGAUGUAAACUGAAGGCAGCAUUAUCAGCCCCCUCUUCUCCGAUGGCUAACGGGGGACUCAAAUGCAAUGGUCUCCCCCACUCCCUGAAUCCCCCUCCUCCUCUAGAAGACAUGUCCUGUAAGGAGCUCCCCUUCCCAUCAGAGAGUAGCAGCUGUAGCUCCUCCAGCCACUCUGAAGAGUCCUACAUCAGCCGAGGCCAUCCCCUCUCCUCCCCCCCAGGCCUGUGUAAUGGCCACGCUGCCGUGCUCCUCCCAUCCAACCUUCCCUCCCUCCCUCUCCCCUCCUCCCUCCCCUCCCUCCCCCUCUCUCUCCCCUCCUCCCUCCCCCUCUCUCUUCCCUCUAAGAGGUCAGUGAAGCGUCGGCGGUCUCGUCAGGGAGAUCUGCAGUUCUCCUCCAGACAGACAGGAGGCGCUGCUGUGAACGCUCUGCACAGCCUGCAGCAGCUGAUCAAGGGAAACAAGGAGAUCAGUGUGGGGACCUUAAGAGCCACGGCAGUCACAGGACACGUCUGAUCACACACACAUGCACACUUCAGAUUGACUCAUAUACACACACCCUGGUAGCAGACUUGGUUAGGGAUGUGUGAAAGGGUGUGGUCUUGCCCCAAAAUGGCCACAUCUCUGAACCACAUCUCCCAUGAGCACCCUGCCCACAGUGGAACUCGAACACCAUGGUAUUAGUCACCUAGCAACAGCCAUUCAGAGACCUCUCCACGGUCAUGUGCCUUUCUGUCCACUCUAAAGCUUUCACUGAUAUAAAAAACACUGAAAGGAUUGUUCUUUUUAUGUUCGGAGCGAGAAUAAUGGUGGAGAGUGUUACUAGAAAACAGACAUUCAUUCAGCUGUUUCUACUGGACAAGCACAUCAGACCUGGGCAUCAGGGGCUUGUACUCCAGCCCUGUGCCCAGAGGAGAGGGCUGAGUGGAGCUCUUACCCAGUACCUUGUGAAAGUACAGUAUGAAGCUGUAAGGAUGAAAUGUGUCGCAGUGAGAGAACUGUGCAGCAGGAUUAGCUUCUUCUCCCUCUUUCCUCCUGUCCUCCAUUUCCACAUUCUGUUUAUUUUCUGUGCAUUGUUCAGUGCUAGCUAACACUACUGCAGUUGUUCGUAUGGGACCAGGGUGUUAACCCUUCACACACAACAGGCCCUCUGUCUCCCUUUCUCAGGCAGUCUAACCUAACGCCACGCAGCUAGCAGAGCUGAAUGAAGAUACACACCCAAUGUGUGCGUGAGCAUGCAAGCCUUCCUGUCUCUAGCCCAUGUUUAUCUAGCUCUGAUACAAAGGAACAGGCUCUAUACCUCUUGAACUCGUUAACCUAGCUAUUCUCCAGUCAGACUUCCUGUGUGCGUUCGUUCGUUCACACAGAGAGCCAGCCAAGAGGAAAGGGAUCUUGUACUGUAUAGACUGGUUGUUUUUGCACAUUGUGACAGGUCAACAGAACCCAGUCAGUUAGGUUUUUAUAUUGAGCUGUAUAUGAGCCAUGCUGAGAGCUGAAUGUUGUGUGUUAUUAUAGUUGUUGUUAGGAACAGUUUAGUCUGAAGAUGUCGGUGUGUUCGAGCACACAAACACCCACUGUUGGUAGAAGUUGCCUCUAGGAUCUGCUUUCCUUCCCCCAAUUCCUAAUAUUAACCAUUCAUAUCAACAGUGUAAUGCAACACUGACCUUUCGAUCAGUGACACAGGGUAGUGUCAGUCUUGCGAGCAGAUCCCCUGAGGUCCUGUAGGGGAUGCUGUGAGGCCACUUUUAUUUAUCUAGUUAUUUAUGUUCUGGCCUCAAAACAACCCUAUCAUGUAGCCCAGGGGAAACGCAUGGUACAUGUUACAUAGAAUAAUAAUGAUUGCAAUUAAAACAAAGGUAUAUGCAUUUUACUGUCGCAUACUGUAUGAUUGUCACUGGCUGCCCGACACUAGUUCACCUCUUGUGACCAAUAUUUGUUUGGGGUUUUCAAAGCUAUACGGACAACAAGGUAUCAUCCACCUUUUGUCUCUGUAAAAGUGGUUUGAUCAUUUGGUGUUUGCAGAGUUGCCUCCACUGUCACCUGCACACACACCAUCGUGUUAAUUAGAACCCUACCAGGGAACAGAGGGCUGUAACAGUCCCAAUAACUGCUGGGGUCGUAUACGAACCAGCUUCACCUCACAAGUUACUGUUAUGGGAAGAUGAAGUUAAAACAAAUGUUUGAAGUCGAUUUGUUUGUCUGUCUCUAGAUGUCUGUGCAAGGAUGUGAUUGGAAUGGCAAAAGUCAAUUUGAAUAAGUUGCAGAUGUGAAAAAUCAUCUCAGUGUACUAUAUAUCUGUGCCAGUGGUUAGUAUGCCAGUGGUUAGAUGGCCUCUGAGCUAUGUUGGGUUGGUUGUUGACUGACUGAGAAAGAGACUGGGCCCACUGUAUUCUACAAACUACACACACCACACUCCCUCUACAGACCAACCACCCAGGUCCCCUACUCCACACACUGACCUCUGACCCCUACACAGUUCAGGGUUCAGAAAGUGUGAAGAGCUCUCUUUUAGUGCAUCUGUUUUAAUUGAACCACUUCUGUUCCCAUUACCAAGAACAGCACCUUUAACUGGCCACCUGCUAUCCUUACUAGCUUGUCAUUCAUUCAUGUGUUAUUACUGUGCAUUUACCCCACCUCCAAUAAGGUAGUGGUUUUCAGAGGAGUCUGAAGGAACUUGUGAACUUAAUAAAGGGAAUGUUGGGAAAGGGUUUGGAACGCACUGUUUUAUCUGAUUACAAGUGUUCCACACCCAGUGAAUCAUGACCGACUUUGUUUUUCUACCCUUUUUGAAUGUGUAUGAUAUUAUGUGUAUGAUAUUAUGUGUAUGAUAUUAUGUGUAUGCAUGCAAGAGUGUUUCUUUGUUCUCUUGAUGCGUGUUUGUGAGAGACUCAGCGAAGCCCUAAUUUAACACACUGACUAGAGAUUGGUACUCAUGACCCCCAGGUCUCAGUGUGCACUUUGUUAUUAUUACUACCUUCAGGCCUUUUGUUUUUCUACACUAAACGCUGUCUGUCAACUGCUUUGCUUCUCUCUUUCUGAGUAUUCUGGGAAAGAGCUGCACAGUAUUGUGGAACAGGAGUGACAGUAACUACAAAGAUGUAGUACCAUUAGAAACUGUGAAUUUCUAAAUAAAACAUUUUGUCUUUCACUUGA